GUGAAGUGUGGAGGUCCGCAGCUGCUCCUCCUAACAGCUGAGUUAACUGACAUGUUCCAGUGGUGACCACUUGUGUUUGAGCUCGAAAUGAAAGCAGGCCUUUUAUGAACAUGUUCAAGAGUGAUCAGUUUUGUUACAGCGCUGAAGCCAUGAGAUUCAAGACUACUCUUCGCAUGCUGGGCAUACGUCGUCAGGCGUCCACAGGUCGCCCAGUGCUCCUUGCAAUAUUAUUAGCGGCACUAACGACCGUCUGCAGAGCAGCGCCGGAGGCUGGAGCCAUACAACUUACCUCCGUGGGGGACUCAGGACUACGGAGCGGGCAUCAGCUGGAGGCUAGCGGAAGUUCGGUUCCCUUAAUGCACUUCUCUCCCCCUACCCAUGCCCCGUCCCUAUACCCAGUCACUGAGUUGGAAUCUUCAGAAUUUCUUCCAUCCCAACAAUACUACCCAUCAGCAGCCCGUAGUAAGGCUGGACCCGGUGAACAACGCCUGAGUUCUCAAAGCUCAAACCCAUACAACGUCGAGGUUCUUACCCACGAGUCCAACAGCUAUCCUGUGGGUACCUCGUUUAGUUUUGCCGACUCCCAUAAAGAAGAUCACGGCCAGUCUUACGAUCCUCCUGUUUAUUACCCGGAAGCAUCGAAAAGUUCAGACGUUUCAAACUUAGCUGCUUCUUCCCGAUCUCCAAGAAUUUCUGACGUUGACCUUAGGCAGAAAACUACGGCAGUCUCCCACCUUGAUGAGUUUGUUAAACCUAAGGCUGAUAGCCCAUCCCAGCCUCCCACAGAUGGUGCUCAGGAUCAGAGCACGACAGCCAAAAGGCCUCUUGAAGUUUCUUCAGUGAGGUUCCAGUGCAAAGGAAGGACAGGAUAUUUUGGGGAUGAUGAUUUUGCUUGUCAAGUAUUUCACUUCUGCAGCCAUGAUGGCAAGCGGUACACCUUUCGUUGCGGAAAUGGCCUGGCUUUCAACGAGAUGACAGUCUCGUGCAGCGCGGCCGACGUAAAACGGUGUUCGCCCGCCAUCUUCAUUCCCACCGACUCGCCCUCGAGCACGUUAAGCACCUAUGCAACCCAGAAAGAAAAGUCUUUGGCCUCAUCUGCGGAGUCCAAUGGCAUUCAAGUCGGGCCAGAAUACUCCAUAGCAACGAUUGCAGCAUCAAACGAACGGCAAUCCUUUGACAAAAAACAAAGUUUUCCACCUGGGCCUGAGUCUUUGACAGCCUUCGCGGCUAUUGCAACAAGUUCCGAUAAAUCUAAAGCGAAGAAUUUACAUUCAAAUUCUAAUUCUAAAAAUCCAUUCUUCGAUCACUUCGAGACAAAAAUGAAGAGUCGUAUUGUGGGAUCAACAAAUCGAAGACCUGCCGCAAUGUCCAAUCAUGGCAAUGAAGUUUCUUCCGAAUAUGAAUACGUGGAUGAUUAUGAAUAUGAAGAAGAACCACAUUUACAAAAUAGCCCCAAGGUUUCCUCUUUCCAUUCCCUAAAAACAGAUCAAGGCCAAGGAAAUUACCAAUCUAAAAGUUUUGGAGAUUUCUCACGAUCAAGUAGAACAAAUAACCCAAGACAAGGUCCUUCCCAAGUACGAAACUCUUUAAACCCUACUGGAUUUCAACAAUUUUCUCCAGCAGGGAUUUUCCCCAUUCACCGAGGUGGACCGAUUAUUAAUUCAACCCCAAGACCUAUAUUUUUCACAACUGCGACCCCCAUUUACGACAUGAGAACAGCUAAAAGAAUACCUCUGCCAAGUUCUUUAGAUCACAAUGUUCACACUCAAUCAUUAGACCGCCAUCCAAUCGCUUCACACCUGUCUGCCAACAGGUUUAGAGUGAGACCAACAGCAGCCGCCUUUUCUGGUCAUCCUCAGCUUGUAUCUCAUAUUAACAAUAUUGGUGUAUCAGGAUUCCCCCAAGCUGGCGCUGCUAAUUUCAAUAAUCUUCAAACUCGCCCGUUUCAUCAGAGCUCACUUGAGCUUAACCCAUAUGCCCAUGCUUUACAGCCAAUCAGAAAUCAAUUCCCACCCAUUCAAAGUGUGAAUCCUUCUUCUUUACCGCUUUUUCAUACUGGUUCUCAAUCCUUCAGUCAUCCUCUUAGCCCUCACGAAGUUAGACAUUUACAAUCAACAGUUUUCCCUAAUUCUUUAGAAAUUGCAACUCCUCUCAUCACUUCUCCUUUCCAUACACCUCUUGAAAACACUCGCCUAUUCUCUGGUUCCACUUCUCAAGAUUUGAGUCGACCAAUAAAGACGUCAUCUACUGGUUUUAAUUCAUUAGAAUCACCUCAGUCCAGGCCUAUUCACAAUUCAUUUGAACCAGCCCUUCAAGGUGCUAAUGGCCUAAGACUCCAUCCUCAUCAAAGUUUGAAUGACGCAUAUUACAGUGUAACAACAGCACGCCCUAGACCUAUUGACUCAUUGCUGUUGCAUCAAAGUCAAUUCAGCAGAAUUCCCCAAACAGCAAUUAUUAGAUCGACACCUAAACCUUUGCCAACUCCUGAUGAUCGAAUUAACCAGUUUUUUGAAGAUCAUCCACUAGCUGAUAUUCGUACGAGACCAAUUUCAAAUGGAGUCUUGAAUGCUCACAUGUCGUCGGAAGUCAAUUUACAACGGCCAACCAUUCGUUUUCCAAACCGAGAUGUGAAUUCUGAAGAUUCUCGUUUCCGUCCAAUAUCCUCGUCUACACAAAGUUCUGUUACUGACUUUCAUACAACUGUCAGACCACAAACCACAAGAUCACAGAGUGUAACCCAGAGUCAAGACCGACCUCCAUCCCGCAGACGACCUGCCAGUCAGUCGCUGAGACAGCACCAACGUCCAAAUUCUCAAGCUCAGAUCCAAAGCGACCGGAAGCCUCUCACUACUGGAGAUUUCCCACGAAAAAAUUUAGUUUCCUCCAUCGGAAACGACCCAGCGAGCGGCAACAGAUUCCCUACGUCAACAUUAAGUCCUAUUAAUUCCCAUUCUGCGGCUUUAAACAGUUUCACAACUGCCCGAUCCCCCUUGUAUCAUAUUCAAACUGGUUUGAACGAUGAAUAUGAGUAUUAUGACGAAGAAUAUUAUGACGACAAUCAUGAAUCUGUGAAUCAUAAUCGCAAGCCCCAAUUACCGAAAAGUGUUCCGAAACCAUACAAUGAUUACGAUGAUUACUACAAUUCCGACGAUGCGCCAAAUAAACCACUAAGGUCAAAUUCCAUUGUCACAACACCAAGACCAAAUGUCCCCGCGAACCAUGAAACAAACUCUCUUUCAACUAAUAAUCCGAUUUCUGAUCAAAAGCCACUCAAGGCAAGUGGUCAGUCAAACUUGACAACUAAACAACCAAUUCCACGGAAAAGACCGCCUCGGUUACCUGCUCGGUCCCGAACAAGAACAACGACUCCUCUACCUUCGCAUGAUUACGACUAUGAAGAACAUGGUUCCGAUGACUCGCCGGCAACGAAAACCACCACAACGGUUCGGCCUACCACCGCUGCUAAGUCAACGCCUAGUCGACAAAGUGUAAGAAGUAGGAUACCAUCUAGGAAAAGAGUUACUAAUACCUCAAAAGAUGAUCAAAAAGUUAACGAGUCCACAACGGUUUCUUCUACUGAAAAUGAUCGUGCAACCACCACUCGAAGGCCGAAGCCCAUGGCAGCAGGAGGAGCUCCGGCUAAUGAUCGGCUGUCUUCUUUAAGGAACCGAUUGAAAAUUCGUGCAAAACGAGUCAAGACCGCCGCCGAAAUUGAGUUGGAGGAUGGAAGCGAUCCAUCAACGCACAACAAGUCGUUAGACGAAGAACAAACAUUUGAUGAAACAAAUCCCGGAGCCCCUACGAUAGUCGUCCAAGAAAUACCUGAAAGUGAAAAUGAAAGCACAAGUGAUGAACCUCCAAAUCCAGAAAAUUCAACAAAUGUUGAAGUAGAUGACACGGAAAAGAAACCUGCAGGUAGAGCAUUUAGAAAACGUCCUCUGGACCCUGAAGUACGUGCAAGAUUCCGAAAGUUUCUAAAGAAUAGAAGAAAAAAAUUAGAGAUGACCGAUUCAGAAAACAAAAGUAAUGGUAAGACCUUUGAUAAAUUAGACCCAAUAACCAGUAACAAUCAUGAUGAAAUACGGGAGGAACAUCAAAGUAAUGAAGCAUCGAGAGAUUCGCUUGCAGAACCAACUAAUAUUCUAUUAGACUCUUUAAAAACACCCAGCACUCAUGGCGAGUCCAUGGAGCCGAUGCAAGAAAGUUAUAACGAUACAUUCCCUGGUUCGACUCCCAGCGUUGACAAUGAGCCAAUUAGUAGUUCAACUGAGAAGCAUUCAAAUGUGCAUCCUCCUGCAGCACCAGCAUUUGCUCCUACCAGUGAUACUACUAGACCAGCCUAUAAGAAAAAUAAUGCAAUUACGGUGUCUGAAGAAAGCUAUUCCUUACUGGAUGAGUCCAUCAAGGAUGAAAAUGAGCUUUAUGAAAACCAAGAAUCGAGAUUAAUUAGUGAACGAAGACAACGGCCUUCAAUUCAGAAACUUGUUAACAUGUCUGGGAAUGUUUUGACGCUCGGCUCUACUAAAAAAGGAGAUGAAAAUCGAGAUAUUCAUAUGAUUGCCAACACAGUAACACCUGAACCCAAUAAUCGGACAAUAAAUUUCUCUCUGUCGGAUGCAGUUUCUAAAACUACAUUCGUGAGUCUCGCAACAACUCCAAUUAUGGUAUCUACAAAGAUACUCACUCCUGCCCCCAUAUCCACUACCAUUUCUACUACCACUCCAAUUUCUACUUUCACUACUUCCACGACUAUGAUUCCUAAUAAGAAAGUUUCAAUUUUUCGGGACGAAAAGCUCAAGAAAAAAUCUUAUGUGACUUCGAGUUCAGAAGCCACAACUGCCGUACCUGCAGAUGACAAAACAGACCUUGCUAAAGUCAUGCUCGGUGAUUCACCAGACGUCAAAGACCCUCGUCCCAAGAUGCCGCACCGAGUCGCCAAACCUGUCUUCAACUUUCAGCGGAAGUAUUCUGCUGCUUCGGAAAAGAAACAUUUCAUAUCAGCAUCGGAUUAUGAAGGCAGUGCUGAAGGGAUUUCCCGAGUAGAUUUAGUAUCCUUCACCAUGUCAACAGACCCGCCUCUGUUGCCGCUGCAGAAAUUGAUGCCUUUUCAUAAGUGAGUUUGGCGAAGAACUGUAUAAAUUAAAUAUCUAUUUAUAAUUAAACUUGCGAAAUGUAUAUUAUCUCUAGCUAGCUCAAGUUUGACCACGAGAUUUGACGUUCGAUAUUUUACUAUAAUUCUAUUGUUGUGAAAGAAACCAAUGAAUGUAAAUUUAAUAGAUAUGGUUUUUGAAUGAUUUUGUUGUUAUAGUUGAAGUGUCCAGAAUCACACCAGACAAAUUUCCUACUAUUAUAUUGUUCUUACUAGAAUGUAUGGAUUAUUAUUGAAAUAUCAGCUGAAUUUCCUCUGUGGGAUUUAUACUCAAUCGAAAUCCCGACUACACCAAAAAAUUUUGCAACUUGUCGCAAUAAUUUUCUGUUGAGCUCUUAUUAAUUGUAAUUUAUCGUGAGACGUACUUACCAGUUAUUUAUUCAGAAAAUUUCAGUAUCAUAUAGUUAACUAUCGGUUGCGGCAACUUAACUAUUUAUUCGUUAGUGAAUUUUGUUACAUUCCUUCACGCUGUUCCAGUGAAUAGGUUCGUCAGUACGAGGGGGGACUCGAAAGAAUCAGGAAUUGUUUUCUUCAUAAAAUCAUUCGUCCAAAGUCUUCUUUUAAAAAUUUCUGGAGUGAACGAACUCCAAGUUACUUGGAACAGUUCCGCUAUUUCAAUACUUCUACGUCCAUUGCCAUGGAUUAGGUUCCUAAUUUUCUUAACACUUUUUUUUGGUCGCCCCACGUAAGGUAGUCAGUUUUGCUAGUAAUGAACGUAAUAAUGUAGAAUUUUCCCCAGCUAUAGCUUUAGUUAUGUUUUAGGCUAAUUUAUUAGCUCGUGAGUAUUACAACUUGCAUAGGUAAUCAUUGAAAAUAAUUACAGAAAAUUUUUUCACGUAGUAAGUUUCCGGUUAAACAAUUAAAUUUGUUGGAUCAAUUCUACUAAUGACAUGUUUGAGAAAGCUUAUUCCACUCUCGGUAUGUAGUAAUGUAUGUUUUUCUAAGUGUUCAUGUAUUUUCUAUUAAUCAAUUUUAGUAACUUAUUAAAUCCGUUAUAUAUGAAUUUAUAUAACAAAAGGAUUAGCGGCGCUGUUGCCUGAAUGAGCUAGUUGGUCUCAGUCGAAGUUUUACUCCCGAUUUCUGCGUCUGCAAAAUUCCGUUACAUUUCUAAUGUGCAGCCAGUGUAACAUCAUCAAUUGGAAAAGAAAUGUACUUGUAUUUUACGACUUAACUCCAUCAGUAGGUACAUAAUAUGAGAAAAAAAAUGAAAAGCUUCCAUAACUCUUUAACAAGUGAUAUUUGAGUUCAAAACAAGCGGCUGCGAUUGGCCGGAAGCUGAAAUAUUAAGAACGUCUUGCUGCGCUAAAUUGAUAAUCUGUAAUUGUGCUCCGGCGGCAGAGUAUCUAUUUUAGUUUUAAUUUAAAUUCGAAUAGGUCAGUCGGUCGGUCUCGCCGGCCUAAAAAUCAUAGCUUCGAGAUAUACAUAUUACAUAAUGGUAACUUCUAACGAGAGAAUCCUGUGUAUAGCCGUAUAUAGAAGUGAUAUAUCAUAGUUCGUAAUGGAGAACAAGUUAUUGUGAUUGUAAAUAUAGUAAGUACCUACAUUUCAAUGACA